UAGUUUACGCAUAAAAACUGACAAAACAUUGUUACCGAGUUUAUUACCAGCGUUUAAGAGCCAAGUACCGCUUGCUAUUUGAAAGGAAAUCAAUAAAAAUGGUGCACAUUAAAAGUCAUAGUUUGAAAUUCGUGUUUUUCCUAUUUUGCUUGUCACAGGUACAAGCAGGUACAAAACUCCUUCCUGAUAAAACAGAUAAUCCAUUUGAUGAAUUAUUCAGAGAGAUCUCCAAGUCAGUUACCAAAAUUUCAGAGAAGAUCCAAUUGAGACUGACCGAAGCUGAUGUCCAUGUCGAUAAAUACAUAGACCAUUUGAAAGAAAACGUUGAAAACACUAAUGAACAUUUUCAAGAAAUUCUUCAAAAGGUCCAUGAAAGUGUAGAAAAAUUCCAAAAACAGAUGUGUGAUGUGGUUCAACAACAAAUCGAACGUGUGAGCGAAGAAUUAAAAGCCAGGGAUCCAGAAAUCGGCGAGAAGGUCAAGAAAUUAAAAGCAGAAUUAGCCGAUUUGAAAGAGGACCUUAUGAAAUUAUAUGAAGAAAUCAAGAAACCGUUUUUGGAACGUUUCAAUGAGCUGAGAGACGAUAUUAGAAUCAAAACCAAACCAAUCGUCAAACGUUGGACACCAAUCAUCAAGGACAUAGAAGAGAUUAUAUUGGCUUUGAUCCCUGAAAAGAAGAAAGAAAUCAAGAAAAACUAAUAAAUAGGACUUAUUAAUUUCAUAUACAAUUAACAUUUUAUUUGUUGUAUUUUCUAUUAAAUAAUGUUUUAAAAUAUUAAUUUGUUGUAAAAAGUAAAACUUGUCAUACAAAUUUUA